GCCGGGCACUGAUGCCUUCCCUAAAGCCAGCCAUUAGGAGUAACACGACGCGAUCCCACAUCACCGAACCCAGAACCUCAGUGCUUCGGCACCCCUUCCUCGUCAUGAGCUCCGCCCAAUGAGGAAGGGGGUCGUCUCCCAUUGGCGGGUGAUGGUCCCCUAUCCAAGAAGAGCAAUCGGCCUUAUACCCCAGAGUUUAGAAGGAAUCGCCGUGGGAAUACAGGCCAAACUACAAUUCCCGAGGGGUAGCUGGGCUCUUUGGGCCUGCGUGUUCACGUGACUUCCUUUUCCCGGAGACCGAGAUACGCGAUAGGCCAGUGAGGGGGCGGGGCCCGGCCUCUGUUCUCCGCGCUAGUGGCCAAUAGGCAGCCGGGCCGGAUGGGAGCGCGUAGGGGGCGGGGCAGGGCGCGCGGCAGGGUGCGGGAGCGCGCCCGCGGCUGCGGUGGCGGCGACUGUGGUGGGGGGGCGGGGAACGUUGGCUAAGGCGACAGUGGCGGCUUAGGCACUGGCGGCGGGCGGCUGCGGCUCCUGGUGCUGCUCGGCGCGCGGCCGACUCUCUAGUUCAGAGCGGAACGCUCGGCGUCGAGGGACCCGCCCGGAAAGUUUGCUGUGGAGUCCUCCUGGCCCGCGCGGCCCGGCAUGAAGCGGCGCUGAGGAGCUGCUGCCGCUGCCGCCCCCGCCGCCCCCGCCGCCGCCCCCGCCCCCGCAAGCCGCCGCCACCUGAGGAGGAGCCGCAGCACCCUGGGCCACGCCGAUGACUACUGCAAACUGUGGCGCCCACGACGAGCUCGACUUCAAACUCGUCUUUGGCGAGGACGGGGCGUCGGCGCCGCCGCCCCCGGGCUCGCGGCCUGCAGAUCUUGAGCCAGAUGAUUGUGCAUCCAUUUACAUCUUUAAUGUAGAUCCACCUCCAUCUACUCCAAACACACCACUUUGCUUACCACAUCAUGGAUUACCAUCUCACUCUUCUGUUUUGUCACCAUCGUUUCAGCUCCAAAGUCACAAAAACUAUGAAGGAACUUGCGAGAUUCCUGAAUCUAAAUAUAUCCCAUUAAGUGGCCCAAAACCCUUUGAGUGCCCAAGUAUUCAAAUUACAUCUAUCUCCCCUAACUGUCAUCAAGAAAUAGAUACACAUGAAGAUGACCUACAGAUAAAUGACCCAGAAAGGGAAUUUUUGGAAAGGCCUUCUAGAGAUCAUCUCUAUCUUCCUCUUGAGCCAUCCUACCGGGAGUCUUCUCUUAGUCCUAGUCCUGCCAGCAGCAUCUCUUCUAGGAGCUGGUUCUCUGAUGCAUCUUCUUGUGAAUCACUUUCACAUAUUUAUGAUGAUGUUGACUCAGAAUUGAAUGAAGCUGCAGCCCGGUUCACCCUUGGAUCCCCUCUGACUUCUCCUGGUGGCUCUCCAGGGGGCUGCCCUGGAGAAGAAACUUGGCAUCAACAGUAUGGACUUGGACACUCAUUAUCACCUAGGCAAUCUCCUUGCCACUCUCCUAGAUCCAGUAUCACUGAUGAGAAUUGGCUGAGCCCCAGGCCAGCCUCAGGACCCUCAUCGAGGCCCACUUCCCCCUGUGGGAAACGGAGGCACUCCAGUGCUGAAGUUUGUUAUGGUGGGUCCCUUUCACCCCAUCACUCACCUGUUCCUUCUCCUGGUCACUCCCCCAGGGGAAGUGUGACGGAAGAUACCUGGCUCAAUGCUUCUGUCCAUGGUGGGUCAGGCCUUGGCCCUGCAGUUUUUCCAUUUCAGUACUGUGUAGAGACUGACAUCCCUCUGAAAACAAGGAAGACUUCUGAAGAUCAAGCUGCCAUACUACCAGGAAAAUUAGAGCUCUGUUCAGAUGACCAAGGGAGUUUAUCACCAUCCCGGGAGACUUCAGUAGAUGAUGGCCUUGGAUCUCAGUAUCCUUUAAAGAAAGAUUCAUCUGGUGAUCAGUUUCUUUCAGUUCCUUCACCCUUUACCUGGAACAAACCAAAGCCUGGCCACACCCCUAUAUUUCGCACAUCUUCAUUACCUCCACUAGACUGGCCUUUACCAGCUCAUUUUGGACAAUGUGAACUGAAAAUAGAAGUACAGCCUAAAACUCAUCAUCGAGCCCAUUAUGAAACAGAAGGUAGUCGAGGGGCAGUAAAAGCAUCCACUGGGGGACAUCCUGUCGUGAAGCUCCUGGGCUAUAACGAAAAGCCGAUAAAUCUACAAAUGUUUAUUGGGACAGCAGAUGAUCGAUAUUUACGACCUCAUGCAUUUUACCAGGUGCAUCGAAUCACUGGGAAGACAGUUGCUACUGCAAGCCAAGAGAUAAUAAUUGCCAGUACAAAAGUUCUGGAAAUUCCGCUUCUUCCUGAAAAUAAUAUGUCAGCCAGUAUUGACUGUGCAGGUAUUUUGAAACUCCGCAAUUCAGAUAUAGAACUUCGAAAAGGAGAAACUGAUAUUGGCAGAAAGAAUACUAGAGUACGACUUGUGUUUCGUGUACACAUCCCACAGCCCAGUGGAAAAGUUCUUUCUCUGCAGAUAGCUUCUAUACCUGUUGAGUGCUCCCAGCGAUCUGCUCAAGAACUUCCUCAUAUUGAAAAGUACAGUAUCAACAGUUGUUCUGUAAAUGGAGGUCAUGAAAUGAUUGUGACUGGAUCUAAUUUUCUUCCAGAAUCCAAAAUCAUUUUUCUGGAAAAAGGACAAGAUGGACGACCUCAGUGGGAGGUAGAAGGGAAAAUAAUCAGGGAAAAAUGUCAAGGGGCUCACAUUGUCCUUGAAGUUCCUCCAUAUCAUAACCCAGCAGUUACAGCUGCAGUGCAGGUGCACUUUUAUCUUUGCAAUGGCAAGAGGAAAAAAAGCCAGUCUCAACGUUUUACUUACACACCAGUUUUGAUGAAGCAAGAGCACAGAGAAGAGAUUGAUUUGUCUUCAGUUCCAUCUUUGCCUCUGCCUCAUCCUGCUCAGACCCAGAGGCCUUCUUCUGAUUCAGAGUGCCCACACGACAGUGUACUGGCAACACAGAGAAGUUUGGUUUGUUCCAUCCCACAAACAUAUGCAUCCAUGGUGACCUCAUCCCAUCUGCCACAGUUGCAGUGUAGAGAUGAGAGUGCUAGUAAAGAACAGCAUACGAUUCCUUCUUCAGUUGUACACCAGCCUUUUCAAGUCACACCAACACCUCCUGUGGGAUCUUCCUAUCAGCCUAUGCAAACUAACAUUGUGUACAAUGGAACAACUUGUCUUCCUAUUAAUGCUGCCUCUAGUCAAGAAUUUGAUUCAGUUUUGUUUCAGCAGGAUGCAGCUCUUCCUAGUUUAGUGAAUCUUGGCUGUCAACCACUGUCAUCCAUACCAUUUCAUUCUUCAAAUUCAGACUCAACAGGACAUCUCUUAGCACAUAUACCUCAUUCUGUGCAUACCCUGCCUCAUCUGCAAUCAAUGGGAUAUCAUUGUUCAAAUACAGGACAAAGAUCUGUUUCUUCUCCAGUGGCUGACCAUAUCACAGGUCAGCCUUCUUCUCAGUUGCAACCUGUUACAUAUGGUCCUUCACAUUCAGGGUCUGCUGCAACAGCUUCCCCAGCAGCUUCUCAUCCCUUGGCUAGUUCACCACUUUCUGGGCCACCAUCUCCUCAGCUUCAGUCCAUGUCUUACCAGUCUCCUAGCUCAGGAACUGCCUCAUCACCGUCUCCAGCCACCAGAAUGCAUUCUGGACAGCGCUCAACUCAAGCACAAAAUACAGGCCAGGGGGGUCUUUCUGCACCUUCAUCUUUAAUAUGUCACAGUUUGUGUGAUCCAGCUUCAUUUCCACCUGACGGGGCAACUGUGAGCAUUAAACCUGAACCAGAAGAUCAGGAGCCUAACUUUGCAACCAUUGGUCUGCAGGACAUCACUUUAGAUGAUGUUUACAUAGGAGGUGGCAUUGCAGAAAAUAAAAACUUUCCCACAGAGAUACAAUUAAAGUUAGAGUAAGGUGAGUACUUAUUUAAAAGUACCUUUAGAGUGAAGUGUAAGCCCCCUUCCUAACCCACAAUGAACUGAAUGAGAGGGAGAGAAAAAGAGGUGCGGAGCAGCUUGUGGAGUGAUGUUUCCAUCUCUAAUGCCACUCAGCUCGGGAGCGGGCUUCAGACACUGCUUUCAUCUUUACAGAAAGCCAGGGGAAGGGAAAUAUCCGAGGCAGAGCUCAGCAUUGGGCAUCAUAUGGCUAGUCGCUCAUAGGUCACUAAUCACUCUUCCUUUUCUUGUUUUUCAGUGAACGAGAUAAUUGGGAGAGAUAUGUCCCAGAUUUCUGUUUCCCAAGGAGCAGGAGUGAGCAGGCAGGCUCCCCUCCGGAGUUCUGAGUCCCUGGAUUUAGGAAGAUCCGACGGGCUCUAACAGUGCUCACUGCAGCCUUGUGUCUACCACCAACUUCUCAGCAUGUUUCUCUCCUUGGACCUUGGGUUUCCAACUCUGCAGCCUUCAGGUCUGGCACCAGGAGUGGGACUCACCAUUUGUGGGGAAAGCAGUGUUCUUCCACCUCACGCCUUGGUUAGAUUUUGUAAAAGAACAGGAGCAGCAUAGGCUGUUUGAGCUUUGGGGAAAUGAGCUUUGCUUUUUAUAUUUAACUAGGAUACUUUUAUAUGAUGGGUGCUUUGAGUGUGAAUGCAGCAGGCUCUUUAUUUCUGAGGUGCUGCUUUUGCAGGUGACCUGGUUACUUAGCUAGGAUUGGUGAUUUGUACCACUUUAUGGUCAUUUGAAGGGCCCUUUAGUUUUUAUGAUAAUUUUUAAAAUGGGAACUUUUGAUAAGACCAUCCAGAAGCAAAAAAAAAAAGGAAGAAAAAAAAAAAACCACAUUAUCCCAAGCCUACACCUAUGCCUCACAAAGUCAGCAUGUGUCCUAAAGACUUUCAUAGAUUUAUAGGAAACAAAGCCAAAUAUAGCUCAUACCUCUUUAUAAACUAAACUGUUGUUAGAUAAAAUGAGAAGAGACCAUUCCAUCAUUGAAGUGUUGGAAUAUAAAAAGACAUUCCAGAGCAUAGCCUUUUGGUAACUUUCUAGGUAAUCUUAUUGCAGUCUUUCCAUACUGGCUCCAUGUUCAUACUGCUUUUUCCCUCAGGACCCUUGGUAAGAUGGCUACAUGUAAGGUGACUCUAAACGGUGGGGUUUUAGCUUGGUCACUUUCAUUUCUUGCCAUCAUAAAAACUAAUAGGCUGUGGAGUGCUCUUCCUAUUUGUGUCCUCUGGUCCUAGAACCUUUUCCAAACAGGAGCCUUUGGCUGUUUGUGACCUUUGAAGCCAGUCUCCCAGUGGUUUAGGCAGCUUUGCAUUUCUAACUCUUCUGUAGAGGUCAGAUUGUGUGCAGAGCUAAAGCACAAAUGAGCUGUACAUCAGCAUGGGCAGAGAAAAUGCAAGACUCCAGAUGGGAAGGUUUUAAGAGUCACACUGGUAUGGAAGGCUUAUCUGCCAUUCUGUUUAUAGCCUGAAAUGAUUCUGGCCUACCCUGUCCUGUCUGUAUGAUCUUAAAACCAGCCUUUUCCCCAGAAGGCUCUGAGCACAUCCAAAAGUGAUAACCUGACCCUCCACACCAAAGACACCCUGGUGCUGCUGCUGGUGAGACUCAUGUCCAAGGCAGGGCCCAGCAGAAACUCCAGCCUGCUAUCUACCAAAGGAGGUGCCCAAGUUGGGUACUCAAAAAAAAAAAAAAAAAAAAAAAAAAAAACCUGCCUUUACCCCUCUCCCCAAUGGGAUCUUUUACCAGUUCCUAGGCCCAUUACAGAGCUCUGAAGUUUGCAGUAUGUUUUCAAAUGAAAUUAUAUACUUCCAUUGAUUCAGGAAGCAGAUUUUUUUUUUUUUUUUGAAACAGUCUCACUGUGUUACCCAGGCUGGAGUGUAGUGGCACAAUCUCAGUUCACUGCAACCUCUGCUCCCAGGCUCAAGCAAUUCUUCUGCCUCAGGCUUUCAAGUAGCUGGGCCUACAGGGGCAUGCCACCAUGCCUGGCUAAUUUUGUAUUUUUAGUAGAGACAGGUUUUCACCAUAUUUGCCAGGCUGGUCUCGAACUCCUGACCUCAGGUGAUCCACCCGCCUUGGUCUCCCAAAGUGCUGGGAUUACAGGUGUGAGCUACCGCACCUGGCCCAGGAAGCAGAUUUUUUGAGUGCCUAUAUGUGAGACAGUAUGCUGGUUGAAGGCCUGAUGCUGUUACUCCAGGAGACUGCAGGCCCUUAAUGCUAGGAUUCUCUACUGAGGCCAAUUCAGGCCUGGGAAAGGGAGCUGGCCUAUUGCCUACCACCUGUUGUCAGUAGGGUAGGAGCUGUUGACUCAGGAUGAGGAAGUAUGGUCUUUUAAAAAAACACAAUAUAUUUUAGAUUCUCCCCUAAAACUAGUUAGAGAAAAAGGUCUAUUCUUCAGCAGAUCACUGUGGCCCCUCUUGGAGCUGGGUAUUUUCAAAUUUUCUUGAAAAGUGAGUCAUGUCACAGAAUGUCAAUAGUGAGAUUUACUUCUGGGUCUGUGGUUGGAAGCCCACAGCUUCCUUUGGAGGGGCAGGAAGUUGGCCCCUUGGGUGAUGUUCCACAGAAAUGGCCAGACUUGCCUCUACCCUUUUGCCCCCUGGUGUAGCUGCCUCACAUGGGGUAAUUGCAAGAGCUUCCCUUGCAAUACCCUUUGGGGAAGCUUUGCUGCCCUCAAGAAUUAAAAGCCUCUAUGAUCCAGAGUUGCUAUGCACCAAAUUUUGAUGCCUUCUAAAUACCUUGAUGCCUGUAGCACUAGAAAUGCUUUCCUAUUUAAAAUAAACGUUAAAUUUUAAAAUAGAGCUUUGUAUACUAUGUAAGCAGUUUUAUAUCAGCUUUGUAAAAGCUUUGGUGUAAGAGUAUUUUUUGGCUUUGUAGAUAAAGACUUAAAUUUUUGUGCAACAUAGUGGUUUUAAAGCACACAUCCAUUAGACUAUGCAAAUCAAUUUCUAAUAGCAGCACUGAGCAACUGGGCACGUGCUAGCACGCACCCUUUCCUACUCUAAUCUGUGCUAGCUCUCAGGUUGAGGAAUGAAAUGAGUAGCCUUCUGCUUACUGGAGAUGCACAGAGAAACAUGGCUAAAAACAGCUUUAAAAGGAGCAUGUCUUUGGGUUCAUGUGUGGUGCUGCUGCCCAGGUGUAAACUACCCCCACCCAGGGCCAGCUGUUAUCAACAGACCUCUUUUGGAACUGGCCGUGAAGCUCUGUUUUUGGUAUUUAGAAUGGAUGGAUCUUUAAGGCUCAGAUGGGUUCAAUUUGAAACCUUGUAUUUUAUAAAAUGGAUGUUUAGUAAAGGAACUGGUUCUCAGUUAUGUUUACAGCACUUGGAAUUGUGUGUUCUUGUACAUUUUGUAUUUUAAAACCUUUUAUGGGAGUACAGUGCUCCUUACACAAAUGCAAAGGGAAGAAGAGCCAGCAGUUCAGGCUCCUCAGUUUUAGUGCUGAAAUAAUAAAUGGUAACAGGCCAACAGU